UGAAAAAGUUAAUUAUACUUACGUUGUGUGGUGUAGUCGAAAUUUUGGUUUACUUAUGAAAAAAUGGAAAAUAAUGUAGGAACUACAAUAGAAAAAAUUAAAUUACAGGAGCAAGAUAAAGAGGCCAAACUGCGUGAAAAACGAGAAUAUGAAGCAGCAGUGAACUCUUUGAAUCGUUCUAUUCGCGAAGCAGUAUUCCAAAUUGAAAAACAUCAAGAAGAAAUUAAGGAGUUGACCAAAGGAAAUGAUGUACUAAAAGCUCAGUUAGAGGUGGAACGCAUUAAACGUAAUGCAGUUGCAGCUCAGGUGGAGGCUUGUAGCAAAGAAAUAGAAGUUUUAAGAGCCCAAUCUGAUAAAGGUAUUUCCGAUGUAUGGUCUCUCCGGUCCUCCUUAUGCAAAGCAGUUCAAAAUGUGUCAGAUGAAUGCGACGUUUGGGGCCUUUUGGUAAAGCCCAUAAACUCUGACCCAAUACACAGGGUAGUGAAGAAACCUAAUUCCGAAAAUAAUGAAGAGGCAGAAUUCGAGGAACGACUCAAACUGGCUAAAGAAAGACACGAACGGGCUGUGGCAGAGCGUGAGCGUUUGUUGGCUGAACCUGAGAAGGGUGAAGAGUUUAUAAGGAUUAAAAAUGCGCUUCGAUACUCAUUAGAAAUGACUGCGAAUUUGCGAAAAGAGUAAAAAAAAGGAACUAAUUGUUCAAGAAUCCACUUUAAAAAAAAACAAUCACCGUCAAUGCGUCAAUGUCAUCUGUCAC